CCCCUCCUCUCCAAGCAACACACACUCACUCACAACUCACCUCGUUCUCCGGCUCGUAGAGAAGGAAGGGAGAGAAAUGCCGCUGGGAGAGAGAUAUGGCGGAGACAAGAGCGAGUCUCGGUACUUCUCUAUGGUGUUUCUUUAUUUGCAGCCCUGGGGUUUCUUCUCUAUGGUGGAAGAUUAUUCUUAAUGUUGCAACGAUUCCCUGUGGAGUCAAAAGGACGGCGCAAGAAACUACAGGAGGUUGGCUAUGCGACAACAAUAUGUUUUUCAUGUUUUCUGAUUAGAUGCAUCAUGAUGUGCUUUAAUGCAUUUGAUGCAGCUGCAGAUCUAGAUGUCCUGGAUCAACCUAUUCUGAAUUUUGUUUACUACCUGCUAGUGGAGAUCCUACCAUCGUCACUCGUUCUCUUCAUAUUGAGGAAAUUGCCUCCAAAACGCGGGAUAACACAAUAUCAUCCUAUCUGGUGAUGGGAAGCAGAUAAUAAAUCAGGGUAACAACUGGAGGGUUGGGAGGAUGAUGAUGAUGAUGCGAUUAGGUUUCAAGACAGCUCCUAGCUGAAACUAAGCAGGGGCCAGAACCUUCUCAGUGUAAGGGCGAACCUCCCUGUGAAUGUCGGCUUGCUCUCAAAUGCAGUUUGCACUUCUCCUUUCUUUUCUUCCUUUUUUCUUUCCUUCCCCGGCUAGUUUGAAGUUGUGAAUGUUGAACGUAAACGUGUAGUUGAAAGUGUAAAAUGUACAUUGUGUCACCUUUUCAAACCAAUUAUUUUCUUUGUAAGAUGUCAGUUUGAGGAGAAAUUAUUGAUGUGAUUUUUUGUGUUUGGUGGGGAGUCUUGUUUGUGUGUGAUAUAGGGGGUCAAGAAUGCAUGUUAUGAUGGCCGAUGUUAUUUUGAAGAUGUAGAGAUGUGAGAUCAAUAGGCGAAAAAAGGGACGCAUAUAUUCCAAUUGCUCCCCACUCCAAAUACAACAGAAGAACAAACAAAGCUGUACAAAUUGUCUUGAGGUUGGGACUUGCAACGCCCAAAUCUCGAUGUGGCCCCAUGGGGUCGCCUCAUCUACAU